CUAGAGACACGUCCGGACGCUCGUGGCGACCGGACAAACGCGACUUGCAGCAAUUUUGGACGCUGAAAGUCACAUUCAGUGUCCAUACCAGGUUGCUGUUGCAUGUUCAGGAGCGUCUGGCAAAUCAUCAUGGACAAGACCAAAACGGCACCCAGCGGCAACUGGGCCCAACUCCAGAAGAACCUCGUCCCUACAAAGUCUGUAUCGAAAUUGAAAACGUCUUCCCAUCCACGAAACAAGCGUGACUCCAAGUCCGCUCCCUCCUCGUCUGGUUCCAAUGCUGGUCCAUCGAGGGGUAUUGGCCAAUACAUGGGUCGCGUGGAAGUGGCUGCUAAUGCCAAGACUACCAUUUCACUGCCUCAGCCCGUGCCCUCGCAUAGAGAUAUGAUGAGAGGCAAUGUGACCGUCAAAGAGCCAUGUGUGCUUUUGGAGAACCCAUCGGGCGAUCACUUUGUGGAAGAGCUCAGGCAUAUGGUCAUGGGUAACCACGUUUUGAGUGAGAGUCAGAAGCUUCCUGGGCAAUACCUCGCAAUCGAUUGUGAAAUGGUCGGCGUCGGACCCCAAGGCUCCGAGUCUGCCCUCGCCCGAGUAUCCAUCGUCAACUACCAUGGCCACAUCAUUCUGGACACUUUCGUCCAGCCCCGCGAACCGGUGACCGAUUAUCGUACUUGGAUAUCAGGCGUGAGGGCGCAGGAUCUGAUCACUGGAAGGGACUUUGCAGAUGUUGGGAAGGAGGUGGCGGAGCUGCUGGAGGGGAAGGUACUGGUGGGACAUGCUAUUGAGAAUGAUCUCAAGGCUCUGAUGCUCGCACACCCUGGACCGUUAACCCGCGAUACGCAGGCGUACAAGGGUCUUCGUGAAAAGCUCAACAACAAACGCCCGGGUUUGGCCAAAGCCUCCCAGCAACUGCUUGGUAUCCAGAUCCAGACUGGUGCCCACUCUUCUGUCAUCGAUGCUAGAGUGACAAUGGCUAUUUACCGGCUUUUCAAGAAGGAAUGGGAAAAGUCCGUCUGGCACCUCACCGAGGCUUACCGCAACAAACACAAGGGCGCUCAACCGGAGGCCGCCCCCGCCGAGGAGGAAGGCUCGGCCGAAGAAGUUUCCACCUCUGCCCCCAAACUCUUCCCCUCCUCUUCUUCGCACACCAACCCCAAGACAAGUGGCCAGAGGACAGGUAAGAAGAAGUCAAAGCUGCAGGAGUUUCCGGGCGGAGGGCGAAAGGGAAUUAGUAGUGGUCUGAGCGUCAUUGUAAGGCGAGGAGGUAAGAGGGUGGGCGGAACGGGGCGCGGAGAUGGCAGUCGACGUAUGGACAGGGAUAGAGGGGCGGAGGCUGGGCGUGCCAGCUCUGGUGGGAGUGGAGGCAAUUGGUGGGAGUCUGCUUGAGUGUGACAAGAGUGUUGUGUGUGAAACCUGAUAGACGCAACAAAAUCA